AUGGGCAUGGGCGGCCUGAAGAAGAUGGCGCUUCUGGACGCGCAGCGCCGCCCGCCGGCGUGGCUGCGUCGGCUUCGGGAGACAAAAAAAUUCUUCGAGCCGUGCUCGCUGCACGCGGGCGCCUUAGGCCGCUCGACCAGGAGCGCCGGCUCCUGCAAUUACUUCUGCACCAGCUGCGACGACGGCGGCGCCCUCUGCUCCGGGUGCCUCGCCGACCACGCAGGCCACGAAAUCAUCCAGAUCCGGAGGUCUUCGUCGCACUGCCUUGUGAAGGUGGCCGACCUGCGACGCCUGCUCAACGUAUCCUACGUGCAGACGUACAUGAUAAACGGGGAGCCGGGAGUUUUCCUUGAUAAGCGGGCUCUCUCAGGGAAGGCGAAGAAGCCUGCCGCAAACAAGUGUAUGGAAUGCAAUCGGGGGCUCAACGACGCAGACUGCCUCUUCUGUUCGCUUGGAUGCAAGGCUAAUGGAAUAGAGGACCUGCUUGAUUUCAACAUAACAUUUGCUGUCGAUCCAAGAGGCGACAGCUCCGGAGAAGAGUCAGAGUCAGAAUCAGAAACAGAAAUAGAAACAGAAACAGAAUCAUCAGACGAUGACGACACAUUUCUGCUUCCAACCAAGUCUCGGAAGCUCGGAACUUCACCAGGGUCGCCUAGGCAGGUUACUGCUAGAGGACGCCGGUCUGGGUAG